UUUUAAACCGAGACUUGGUUGUUAACGGAAUUUUGGAAGCGGGGAAAGCGAAGACAGACCCCACCUUUGGACUUUUUAAGCUGCAAGUUAUCUCCUGGGAGAUGGCAGGCAAGAUCUCAAAGGAUGAACUAGAAGAGCUACAGGAAGCCUUCAGAAAAGUGGACCUUGACAACAAUGGCUUCAUCAGCGACUACGAACUUCAUGACCUGUUUAAAGAAGCUAAUUUGCCCUUGCCAGGAUACAAGGUCAGGGAGAUCAUCCAAAAGCUGAUGCUGGAGGGUGAUCGCAACAAGGACAAUAAGAUCAGUUUUGAUGAAUUUGUUGCCAUAUUCCAUGAACUACAGAGCAGCGAUAUUGCUAAAACUUUCCGGAAGGCCAUCAACAGGAAGGAGGGUAUCCUGGCCAUUGGUGGCACCUCGGAACUGUCUAGCGAGGGCACACAGCAUUCGUUCUCAGAGGAAGAGCGGUAUGCCUUUGUGAACUGGAUUAACAAGGCCCUGGAGAAUGACCCAGACUGCAAGCAUGUGUUGCCCAUGGACCCCAACAAUGACUCACUUUUCAAAGCUGUAGGAGAUGGCAUUGUGCUCUGUAAGAUGAUCAACCUCUCGGUACCUGAUACAAUCGAUGAGAGAACAAUAAAUAAGAAGAAGCUGACUCCUUUCACAGCCCAGGAAAACUUAAACCUCGCCUUAAAUUCCGCCUCCGCUAUUGGCUGCCAUGUGGUCAACAUCGGAGCCCUGGAUCUACGGGAAGGAAAGCCUCACCUUGUACUUGGUCUGCUCUGGCAGAUCAUCAAGAUUGGUUUGUUUGCAGACAUUGAGUUGAGCAGGAACGAAGCACUGGCAGCUUUGCUCAGAGAAGGGGAGACACUGGAGGACUUGAUGAAAUUGUCCCCGGAGGAGCUCCUGCUGCGCUGGGCCAACUUCCACCUGGAGAAUGCUGGUUAUAAAAAGAUCAACAACUUUAGCUCUGACAUCAAAGACUCCAGGGCCUACUUUCACCUCCUGAACCAGAUAGCCCCAAAAGGCGUGAAAGAAGAUGAGCCUUGCAUUGACAUUAACAUGUCUGGGUUCAAUGAGAAGGAUGACCUGAGAAGAGCGGAGAGCAUGCUACAACAGGCGGACAGGCUCGGCUGCCGGCAGUUUGUCACCCCUGCUGACGUUGUCAGCGGUAAUCCCAAACUGAACCUGGCAUUUGUUGCUAACCUCUUCAACAAGUACCCUGCCCUGACUAAGCCUGAGAACCAAGACAUAGACUGGGGACUCUUAGAAGGUGAGACACGGGAGGAGAGGACCUUCCGUAAUUGGAUGAACUCCCUGGGAGUUAACCCUCAUGUCAACCAUCUUUACGGCGAUCUGCAGGAUGCCCUGGUCAUCCUGCAGCUAUAUGAGAAAAUCAAGGUUCCUGUUGACUGGAAUAAUAAAGUGAAUAAACCACCAUAUCCUAAAAUUGGGACUAAUAUGAAAAAGCUGGAGAACUGCAACUACGCAGUGGAGCUAGGAAAGAACGAGGCCAAGUUCUCCCUUGUUGGUAUCGGUGGACAGGAUCUCAAUGAUGGCAAUGCUACACUGACACUGGCCCUGGUCUGGCAGCUAAUGAGGAGAUAUACUUUAAAUGUUUUGGAGGACCUUGGAGAUGGACAGAAAGUUAAUGAUGACAUUAUAGUUAAUUGGGUCAACAAGACUUUGUCCAACGCAGGCAAAAAAACAAAAAUCACAAACUUCAAGGACAAAGAGAUCAGCUCAAGUCUGCCAGUGUUAGACUUGAUUGAUGCCAUUCAGCCGGGGAGCAUCAGCUAUGACCUGGUGAAGACGGGCAGGCUGUCUGAGGAUGACAAGCUGGAGAAUGCCAAGUAUGCAGUUUCCAUGGCUCGAAAAAUAGGAGCUCGUGUUUACGCCCUUCCAGAGGACCUGGUGGAAGUCAAACCCAAAAUGGUGAUGACUGUGUUUGCCUGCUUAAUGGGCCGAGGAAUGAAGAAAGUGUAACUCCAUUGCCCUGCUGUCACCUCAAAGCCAAAUGUGCCGCUCAUAAGCCAUUUGCUGGAUAAACGGCUUCUGUGCAUUGAAAAAUAUCAAAGGCCUUUCGCUACAGAGACCUUUCAGUUUUCGUUACAUCCUUUUUUUUUUUUUUUUUUAAAUGGCAUCUUUCAUUUUAGUUUUAUGCGGAAUUCUUACGUUUUUG